UGCCUGCUUUCAAUCAAUAACCUCUGGAAUUCAGAAAUACAAGUAGGUCCUGUCUCUGGCAAGGCUGUGCCACAGUCUUGAGGGCGGGCUCCCAGGCACACUCGACGGAUUCUCUAUCUGCUCCUGUCUCUUUCCACAGGUCUGACUGUUUUGAGACUCACAAUGGCUGACCACACGUCUCAAGAUUACUUCAGCUGCUCCCUGUGUGUGAACCUGCUGCGGGACCCUGUGGCUAUCCCCUGCGGCCACAGUUUCUGUAUGGACUGCAUCAGCGGCUACUGGAAUGAGGCUGACUACACAGGGAUUUACAUUUGCCCUCAGUGUAAUAUCACAUUCACCCAGAGGCCAGUGCUGCGGCCCAACGCCACUCUGAGCAUGGUGGCAGAGAAGAUCAAGAAGAGUGGGCUGAACCUCAACCUCAACAUGACCCCGGGGAACCAGUACGCAGGACAAAACGACGUGCCCUGUGACUUCUGCUCCGGGAAGAAAUUAAAGGCUGUGAAGUCCUGUCUCAACUGUCUGGCGUCCUACUGCGAGAAACACCUGAAGCCCCACUACGAGUCAGCCACUUUCAAAAGGCACAAGCUGGUGGAUGAGCUCGGAAACCUGGACAGGAAGAUCUGCCCGCAGCACCAGAAGUCCCUGGAGCUCUUUUGCCGAACAGACCAGAUGUGUAUCUGUGCUAUCUGCACUGUCAGUGAACACAAGGGCCAUGACAUUGUCUCUGCUGAGGCGGAGAGGGGGGAGAAGCAGAAACUUUUGGGAGUCUCCCAAGCUGAGAUUAGACAAAAAUGCCAGGAGAGGGUGAAGGAGCUGGAGGAACUGAAGACUGCUGUCGAAUCACUGAAGAACUCGGCCCAGAGAGCCAUGGUGGACAGCCAGAAGAUGUUCGAGGACAUGAUCCGCUCCAUCGAGAGGAUGAGGUCAGAGGUCAGCAAGCUGAUCGGUAUCAACGAGAAGGCCGCUUUCAACCAGUCCGAGGCUUUGAUCGAGAGACUGGAACAGGAGAUCGAUGAGCUGAAGAAAAAGGAGACCGGCCUCAAGCAGCUGUACAGCACCGACGACCACAUCCACUUUCUGCAGAACUUCAACUACCUUUGCACCCCCACUGAUGACGGCUAUAUACCCAGAGUGACGGUGAACCCCGACUUCUCCUUUGGCGCUGUGAGGAAAGCUGUGGCUGAGAUCAAGGACCGCCUGGAGGAGUUUGGCCGUGAGGAGCUGCUCAAGAUCUCCAAGUCAGUGAAUGAGGUUCCAGUGUACACUACAGAAAGUCGUACAUUGGACAGAAGGAGCAGAGGCAAAGAAGUGGUGGACAACACUCCUCCAGAGCCAAGAGGCAGAGCUGACUUUGUGAAAUACUUCUGCCAGCUGAAACUGGACGCGGUCACAGCCUACAAGGAGCUGUACGUGUCUGAAAACAGCAGGAAAGUCCUCCGCACCAGGGACCUGCAGCCGUACGGGGACAACCCGGAAAGGUUCGACAGCUUCGCCCAGGUGCUGUGCCGCGAGGCCCUGGCGGGGGGGCGCUUCUACUGGGAGAUAGAGUGGAGCGGGGAGUUCUCCAUCGGGGUGGCCUACAAGAGCAUCAGCAGGAAGGGAAAAGGCUCCCUGUGUCUGCUGGGCUACAACGACAAGUCCUGGAGCCUGCUGUGCUCCGACACCGGCUACUCUGCCUGGCACAACCGCGUGGACAAAGCCGUCAGCGGCCCCCACUCCCCCAGGAUAGGCGUGUACCUGGACCACAGUGCGGGGGUGCUGGCCUUUUACAGCAUAGGCAACACCAUGACCCUCCUGCACAGGUUUGAGACCACUUUUGUCGAGCCCCUCUUCCCAGGCUUCGGAGUUGGAACCUCGGUAAAGAUCUGCAACGUCAAGUGAUCUUUGAAAAUCUGAAUGUUUUUCUCCUAUUAUACAGUUAUCCUUUCAGAAUAUAUAUUUUUGCAACAGUUUUAAACUGCACCAAUCCACAUUAAUGAAGUUAUUUUUGAAGAAAAAUGCUCCUCCCAAUGUGUAUAUACUUUUUUAAAGCUACACUUCACACAUUAAGUUUUGCAUUGUGCUUUCAACUCACAUUUUCAUGAUAUAUUUUAUAAGAUAUUAUUAAAAUAGACAUCACUAAAGUACACUAUAAAAUGCUAACACUUUUAGCAGCUGAUCAUAACUGCUGGAUAAUAUUAUAACAUGUCACUAUUAUAUUUUUACAUGUAAUUUCAUAAAGGGCUGUGACAUAUCUGAAGUGGUGAUGUAAUUAAGUCAUAAUGGAUGUACACUGAGAUAAGAUACUUUUUUAUGGUAGGUCUUUACAUUGUUGGCCAAUAUUAUUGCAUGUAAUUUAAAAUAUAUUGCACCAUUGUGAUCUCUAUGAGAAAUACUUUAAUAUUCAUGUUGGUGCAUUUGCAGCUAUCACUAUGGUUUCAACACAUUCAGAAGUAUUUCAUUGUCAUUUGUUGUUGAAAUGUUUUGAUAUUAUCAGUUCUUACAGCUGUUGUUUUUUCACCUGAACUAACCCUUAUUUAAUUUGUAUGUAUGUUUACUUAUAUAAUGGACCCGCAGAGUAUAAUUGAUAAAGACUUUUUUUUAACAAAAUGAUUCAUUGUUAGUUCUGAAUAAAGAGCUAAAUGAAUGAA